AUGGCGUCGCUGUUCCAACUGGACGACGAGACAAAGCGGCUGCUCACGCUCGACGAUUUCCUGCACGGCCUCACGGUGCACGAGUUCGUCGAGUUUCUCGCCGCCAAGCUGUCCUCGCGGACCGGCUACGACGGCGCACAGCCCCUCGAUCAGCUGGACCCAAAGCCGUACAUCCGCACGUUUGAGGCGUGUGUCAAGGAGCUGAGCAGGCUGGGCGAGGAGUGUCUGGCGAAACAGACAAAAUACGAGAAAAUCGCCGAGGUCAAGCAGACAGAGCACUUCUCCAAUGUGCUGCGACUCGCUCCCAAGGCCAGCAAGCUCAACUCGCAGUUUGCCCAGCUGGACCUGAAGCCUGAAGGAGAACACCGUGACGCUGAUUUUCCUGACCAAGUGCUACAACGAGUUCUACACGAAAAGACAGGCCCCGUCAGAGCUGGCCAAGAUGCCGCGCGACCGGCGCGCCGUGGCGUUGAACCAGCUGCUCAAGCUGUCGGCAAAGCUCGCCAGCAACGACCUGCCGCCCGCCAAAGCCACACACGCCAUGAUCCAGGAACACUGCAACAGGUUCGAGAUCGAGCUGCUCAACGAGUUCCACGAGAUGGACAACUCGAAAAACUUCAGACGGCUCCAGGAGCUGUCGAGCCUGCUUUUCCUGUUCAACGACGGCGAGAACAUCAAGCAGUUCUACAUCAACAAACACCCGGUCUUCAGCAACUUCCAGUCCUCAGAGCUCAACGUCGAGCCGACGUUCUGGAAAAACAUGGGCGACCCGGGCUUUUCGCAGUACCGGCUCGACGGCCUCACGCUGGCGAUGCUGCACGAAAUCGAGGAGAUCCUCACAAAGACCGAGUUCGACACCAUCCAGCAGAUCUUUCUCGAGCACACCAGGGCCGUGCUGCUGGCGUUUGUGGACCGUUUCUACAAGGAGCUGAUCCGCAACCGCGUCCAGCUGCUGCUGCGGGUGGCUUCGUCGUACUCGAGGCUGUGCAGCCUUCGUGUGCUGCACCUGCUGUGCAACCAGGUGAACCAGCUCACCCAGAGACUGAAAAGCUUCCUUGGCGACAAGGGGGUGGACCUGGGCGUCGAGCUGGACAAGUUCCACGCCGCGUUGUUCCACCAGCACGUGGACAAGGACGUCUAUUUCAACCUGGAGAAAGAGAACCUCGCGGAGCUGAUCGGCUUGUUCACGGCGCGUUUCGAGGCGAAAUACGAGAAAGUGGUCAACAAACACCUGCUGGAGAACAAGAUCCUGCACUCCAAAGACACCAGCACGUCGGUGCCGCCCGAUUACGACCAGGACGUGUUUCUGGACGCUCCGCAGCGCGAAAACUCGACUCGAAGACUGCUCUCGUACAAGCGGUCCAAGAAGUUCACGUCCAUCUCUAA